CUUUAGCUACGCCACUGAGUCUCAAGAGGGGGUGCAUAUAACAUCUUACUCAAGUUAACAUGCCUUAAUUUCAAUCUAGUUCCAAAGUGGACAAGAUCAUAGUGGGUCAGGCUGUUAAACUGGAAACACAAUCCAGACACACUCCAAAAGAAAAAAAAAAAAAAAAAAAAAAAAGAAGAGAAGAAAAAUGCUGCAGUGCAAGUUCAAGUUCUGUAAAAAUCAUAAAUUGCAGUUGCUGUAUUCUGUAACCACAAUCAUAUAUUACUGUCCUCAUUUCAAGAUAUUUUACUCAUCGCCUAACUGUAUUGAGUGCGCACCACAGUAUGUGAAAGUAGUUGCUGGUCCAAAAGCGGGGAUUGGUGAAAUGUGCUUCUCCAGCCAAAGCAAGCACAUAAUGGAGAUAAUCUAAGAUAAUGCGGAAAAUAAUAUAAAAUGCGCACCAAGUUGACUUGGAGUCUUGAUUUGCACAUCGGUUAUUAUCAUUUUCCAGGUUUCUGCUUCCUUCCCUUUGGCCUGAGACAAUUUGACCUACUACAACAAGCAGUGAUUUCUUGACUCUUUUUUUUUUUCCUUUUCCUUUUUGCUAGUGUUUACCAUCCACUAGUUGCUGCUUGGUUUUAUGCAAAUUCUAUAUCAGUGGUAGGUCAAAAGAGACCUUGGUGCAACUUUGGUUCUAAGAAAAUCCUUCCACAUUG